AAACAAACCAAACGUUAGCUAGCUGCGUUAGCUCUGGUGGAGUUAGCUGGAAGAUGAUGGUGUUGUUGUUGCGUAGUUAAAUAUCUCAGUUAUAAUUAAACAACCAUGUCUUCAGUGGAGUAUCUGAGAGAGUUUGUCAACGAGCGACUAACUGCUGCUGCUGAAGAAAUAUUCGGAGUUUUUAAAAGAACCAUCGUCGAGUACGAAGAAGUGAUCGACCGUCAGCGCAGACUGUUGGAUAUCGUUUGGAAACCUGAAUUAAAGUUACACAGGACAGAGCUCCCACAGCAGCAUGUCUGUAAGGAGGAGGAGGAUGAGGAGGAUGAGGAAGACCUUGCUGAGCAGCAGCUCUUUAUUCAGGAGAUGAACUCCAGUGUGGACCAAGAGGAGCCAGAGCCUCCAUUGAUUAAAGAGGAAGAGGAGGAAGUGUGCAGCAGUCAGGAGGAAGAGCAGCUUGUACUGAAGCAGGAGACUGAUGGCUUCAUGUUGAUUCCUCCUUAUGAGGAAAGUGACCACAGUGAAGCAGAACCAAACACUAACUACCAGCCCCUCUCUCACAACUCUCAUGUCACUGAGAGCCAAGAUCAGGUUGGAGGCGAGCAAGAAGACUCAGGAUCACCUGGGAAUACAGAGCUUCAACCAAAGAAAAGACAUCUUGAAAGUAGUUGUCACAGUAACAAUGUAAACAACUCAAAGACUCAGUGUGACACUCACACAGGUAAAAGGUUUAAGUGUGAGACAUGUGGGAAAGCUUUUAAGUUUAAGUCCCAGUUGCAUGCACACAUGAGACAACACACAGGUGAGAAGCCAUUUUCAUGCAAAACAUGUGGGAAAAGAUUCAGUGACAAGUCAGUUUUGAACACUCAUGAAAAAAUCCACACAGGUGAGAAGCCGUAUUCUUGCACAACAUGUGGAAAAGAUUUCCUGUAUUAUAGUGGCUUGUUGUACCAUCUAAAAAUCCACACGGGCGAGAAGCCGUUUACAUGUAAAACAUGUGGGGGAGCUUUUAGAUCGAGCAGUAACUUGAAAAGCCACAUGAGAAUCCACACAGGUGAGAAGCCGUACCUUUGCAAGACCUGCGGCGUAAGUUUCUGUGACUUGUCCACAUUGAAAAGGCAUGUAAGAGUCCACACAGGUGAGAAGCCACAUUCUUGCCAAGUCUGUGGGAAAAGGUUUUCUCAGAUAUCUGUACUGCGCGCUCAUGUAAGAGUCCACACAGGUGAGAGGCCAUAUACAUGUAAAAUAUGUGGGAGAGCUUUCGGACGUAGUGCUCACUUGAAAGUCCACGUGAGAAGUCAUACAGAUGAGAAGCAGUGUAGUUGUUGCGUAGUUAAAUGUUUCAGUCAUAAACGGGAAACCAUGUCUUCAGUGGAGUAUCUGAGAGAGUUUGUCAACAUCCGACUAACUGCUGCUGCUGAAGAAAUAUUCGGAGUUUUUAAAAGAACCAUCGUCGAGUACGAAGAAGUGAUCGACCGUCAGCGCAAACUGUUGGAUGUCGUUUGGAAACCCGACAUAGAGGUUAACAGAAUAGAGCUCCCACAGCAACAUAUCUGUGCGGAGGAGGAGGGGGAGGAGGACAGGGAAGAGGAGGAGGAGGGUCACGCUGACCAGCAGCUCCGCAUUCAAGAGAGGAAUUCCAGUGUGGACCAAGAUGACCCAGAGCCUUCACUGAUUAAAGAGGAACAGGAGGAACUGUGCAGCAGUCAGGAGGGAGAGCAGCUUGUACUGAAGCAGGAGACUGAUGGCUUCAUGUUGAUUCCUCCUUAUGAGGAAAGUAACCACAGUGAAGAUCACACUCCCAGCUUCAAUUCUGAUAACAGUUCAGCAGGAACUGUAGUGAAAGUAAUAGUUGUGAACUCUCCAGCUUCAGAAUCAAACAGCGACCACCGGCUGCUCUCUCACAGCUCUCAUGUCUUUGAGAGCCGAGAUCAGGUUGGAGGCGAGCAUGGAGACUCACCUGGGAAUGCAGAGCUUCAACCAAGACUUCAUGAAAGUAACAGCCACAGCAACAAUGUGUACAACUCUACCAUGUCAGAUAAUACUCACAUGGGUGAAAAGUCUUUCAAAUGUGACACUUGUGGGAAAGCUUUCAAGUUUAAGUCCCAGUUACACAUACACCUGAGAAUCCACACAGGUGAGAAGCCAUUUUCUUGCAAAACAUGUGGGAAAGAUUUCCGGUAUAACAGUCACCUGAGAGUCCACAUGACAACACACACAGAUGAUAAGCCGUACUGUUGCACAAUAUGCGGGAAAGAUUUCAGAUACAACAGUCACUUGAUUGUCCACAUGACGACACACACGGGUGAGAAGCCGUACUCCUGCGAAAUAUGCGGAAAAGAUUUCCGACACAGCAAUCGCCUGAAAGUCCACAUGAGAAUGCACACGGGUGAGAAGCCGUACCUGUGCAAAAUCUGCGGGAACAGAUUCUAUGAGAUGUCCGCAUUGAAAAGGCACAUUAUAAUCCACACAGGUGAGAAGCCUUUUGCUUGCAUAACAUGUGGGAAAGCUUUCGGACGUAAAGGUCAGCUGACCGUCCACGAGUAUUCACACAGGAGAGAAGACGAAACUUUGCAAGAACUCAUGAAGUGAGGAGAAACGUACCUGAUAGAGCACCUGAAGAUCAAAAUACACAGGAGGAACCAUCGAGCUGACACUGCUGUGGAGACAUUUUCACGAACUAGAUAUAUACGCUUCCUCAUUGAGAGGAGGUCACAAUAUUUUUGAAGCAGUAAAUUUCCAAAUAUGCCAUCAACUUUUGCUAAACUAACCCUUAUUUCUAUUUGCAACAUUAUUUAAUUGAAACAGUUAUAAUCUAUCUGAAAAAAACUGUUCCGCAUAGUGUGCAUCAUUUCUACAGUUAAAUGAAUCCUUUCUGUCUUUCUUCUGACUUUUUAUAUAUGUGUAUAAUUUUUCUACACUACCUCAGUUACAUGAGUGGACUGUGAACUCUCUGAUGUUGAAGUUGAGGCUGUGAAAUCCUCUCUGCUCAUAUAUUCAACCUGCCAACUGUAGACUUGAUUAUGCCUCUGCGCUGGCCGUGGCCGGAGGCAUUAUGUUUGCAGUUUGUCCGUCCAUCUGUUCGUACGUACAUCCGUCCUGUUCUCGUGAACACGUCUUGGACUCAAGGAUGAACUGAUUAGAAUUCGUGAUCAAAGGUCGAGGUCAGUGUGACCUCGUGCGUCCAUAUUUGUAAAUGCAAUCCUUCAAUGGCCUUGAGGGAGCUAACUUAAAUUUGGCACAACCGUCUACUUUGACUAACAAUGAACUGAUUAGAUUUUAGCGCUCAAAGGUUACGUUGACCUCGUCUGUCUCAUUGUUGUGAACGUGUUAUCUCAAGAAAACCUUGAGAUUUCUUCAGAUUUGGUACAAAUGUCCACUUUGACUCAAGAAUUAACUGACUAGAAUUAGUAGUCACAGGCAGUGGUUCCCAACUGGUCUGGCCCCAGGGUGCAGAUUUCUCCUCAGUCAUUAGUUCAAGGUCCACGCAUUUUAAGACACUGAGCGUUCGUUCAGCCACUUCAUCAAGCUAGUUUGCUGUGUCUGUUGAGAAGCUGUUUGCUAAGUCACUCAAUCUACAGCAGGAAAUGGCACAAAAUAAAAGCUCUGUGCUGGAAGUUCGCUAUACUUAAAAAUAAUGUGUUUUUUACAAACUUGACAUGUUUGUGAGUCACUUGCGGUCCAUUCAGAAUCGACCCGCGACCCACUUUUGGACCAGGACCCACCAGUUGGGAACCACCGGUCAAAGGUAUCUGUGACCUCACAAAACAUCUCAACAAUUUUGAUGCCAAUUAUGACCAAAUUUCACAUAAAUGUCUAAUGGAAUAAAAUGAUAAAGCGAUGAUGUUUUAUAUCCAAAAGGUCAAAGGUUAACUUCACUGUGACAUCAUAAUGUUCUGCAAAAACACCAUUUCUGCCCUUUAUUCAACAUCUUAUCUCAGGAACAGAUGGAGAGACAUUUGCUCAGAUACUGAAUUUGUGACACUAAUCUUGUAACUGCUGAUUGUAUAGAUCGUCUCUGAAGAAGAUGUGUGUGAAGCUUUGAAUGCAUGUUUUUACAGACAUGGAUAUAAACUGUGACUGCAACUCGACUGGUCUGCAGAGGCAUAAAACUGCAAGGCUGUAAUUAUUGUUUUUGUCCGCAGCGUGGCAUCUAUAUUAUACAGAGGGAUGUCGUAUGCUGUAAAGCCCUGUGAGGCAAAUUGUGAUUUGUGAUAUUGGGCUUUAUAAAUAAAAUUGAUUGAUUGAUUGAUUGAUAUUUUGAUGUAUUUUGUGAUUAUGUUAACGCGAUACAAUUUUUGUUUUUUUUUAGAUUUUUGAAGUGACACAAACACAAAUUGUGGGUUAUAUACCACAUGGUGCUGUCAGUGAAUCAACCUGCUGGGCAACGCAAUGGUGUUUUCUGAUCUCAUGUAUGUAUUCUAACAAACAAGCUUUUUAUGUUGAUGAUUUAAUAAUUCCAGAUUCACCCUGAGGACUAAAAUUCUGUUCAUGGAGGCUGCGGAUGGGUGUGACUGACAUCAGAGAUAAAAGUAAUCGUACUGAAGAAGAGUUGAUUUCAGAGUGUUAAGUUGUUAUGUGCAAGAGGUGUUUUAGUGUUGCAGCUCAACUGCAGGAAUGUUAAGUAUUUUCUGUUGUUUGAUCACCUCAUAUUGAACAAACAUGGAGGAAUGUAACUACAUGUAAUUGAGUGCUUUAUGAAUGUAAAACAAGGUCAAUGUCAGACGGCCCAGACUGCAUGUAAAUUAUACAUAAAUAUGAAAUCUGGAACACUUCUAAUUAAUAAAAAAAUCAUUUUGGAGGUA